CGCAGCGGGCCCCAGCGCCGGAGUCCCCGCGGGCGAUGGGUUGAUGGGCGCCGGGGGACGCAGGAUGCGGGGGGCGCCCGCGCGCCUGCUGCUGCCGUGGCUGCUGCUGCUCCUGGCGCCUGAGACGCGGGGCGCGCCCGGCUGCCCGGUGCCCAUCCGUAGCUGCAAGUGCUCGGGGGAGCGGCCCAAGGGACUGAGCGGCGGCGCCGCCAACCCAGCGCGCAGGAGGGUGGUGUGCGGCGGCGGGGACCUCCCGGAGCCGCCCGAGCCCGGCCUCCUGCCUAACGGCACCGUCACCCUGCUCCUGAGCAACAACAAGAUCACGGUGCUCCGCAACGGAUCCUUCCUGGGCCUGUCCCUGCUGGAGAAGCUGGACCUGAGGAACAAUGUCAUCAGCACGGUGCAGCCGGGGGCCUUCCUGGGCCUGGGGGAGCUGAAGCGCUUAGAUCUCUCCAACAACCGGAUUGGCUGUCUCGCCUCUGACUCCUUCCAAGGCCUCCCCAGGCUGCUCCGACUAAACAUAUCUGGAAACAUCUUCUCCAGUCUGCAGCCGGGGGUCUUUGAUGAGCUGCCAGCCCUGAAGGUUGUGGACUUCGGCACCGAGUUCCUGACCUGCGACUGCCACCUGCGCUGGCUGCUGCCCUGGGCCCGGAACCACUCCCUGCAGCUGUCGGAGCGCACGCUCUGCGCCUUCCCCGGCGCCCUGCACGCCCAGGCCCUCGGCGGCCUCCAGGAGGCCCAGCUGCGCUGCGAGGGGGCCCUGGAGCUGCACACGCACCACCUCAUCCCGUCACUGCGCCAAGUGGUGUUCCAGGGGGACCGGCUGCCCUUCCAGUGCUCCGCCGGCUACCUGGGCAACGACACCCGCAUCCGCUGGUACCACAACCGGGCCCCCGUGGAGGGCGACGAGCAGGCGGGCGUGCUCCUGGCCGAGAGCCUCAUCCACGACUGCACCUUCAUCACCAGCGAGCUGACCCUGUCCCACAUCGGCGUGUGGGCCUCGGGCGAGUGGGAGUGCUCCGUGUCCACCGCCCAGGGCAACGCCAGCAAGAAGGUGGAGAUCGUGGUGCUGGAGACCUCCGCCUCCUACUGCCCCGCCGAGCGCGUCGCCAACAACCGCGGGGACUUCAGGUGGCCUCGAACUCUGGCUGGCAUCACAGCCUACCAGUCCUGCCUGCAGUAUCCCUUCACCUCGGUGCCCCUGAGCGGGGGCGCCCCGGGCACCCGAGCCUCCCGCCGCUGUGACCGGGCCGGCCGCUGGGAGCCGGGGGACUACUCCCACUGCCUGUACACCAACGACAUCACCCGGGUGCUCUACACCUUCGUGCUGAUGCCCAUCAAUGCCUCCAACGCGCUGACCCUGGCCCACCAGCUGCGCGUGUACACGGCCGAGGCCGCCAGCUUUUCGGACAUGAUGGACGUCGUCUACGUGGCCCAGAUGAUCCAGAAAUUUCUGGGUUAUGUCGACCAGAUCAAAGAGCUGGCGGAGGUGAUGGUGGACAUGGCCAGCAACCUGAUGCUGGUGGCCGAGCACCUGCUGUGGCUGGCCCAGCGCGAGGACAAGGCCUGCAGCCGCAUCGUGGGCGCCCUGGAGCGCAUCGGCGGGGCGGCCCUCAGCCCCCACGCCCAGCACAUCUCUGUGAACGCAAGGAACGUGGCGCUGGAGGCCUACCUCAUCAAGCCGCACAGCUACGUGGGCCUGACCUGCACGGCCUUCCAGAGGAGGGAGGCGCCGGGCACGCGGCCGGGCAGCCCAGCCCAGGGCCCCGCGGCCGAGCCCGAGGCCCCGGCCGACCAGCAGCUCCGCUUCCGCUGCACCACGGGGAGGCCCAACGUCUCCCUGUCAUCCUUCCACAUCAAGAACAGCGUGGCCCUGGCCUCCAUCCAGCUGCCCCCCAGUCUGUUCUCAGCCCUUCCGGCUGCCCUGGCUCCCCCGGCGCCCCCAGACUGCACCCUGCAGCUGCUCGUCUUCCGCAACGGCCGCCUCUUCCGCAGCCACGGCAACGCCUCCCGCCCAGGCGCCGGGCCCGGCAAGCGGCGCGGCGUGGCCACCCCGGUCAUCUUUGCAGGAACCAGUGGCUGUGGCGUGGGAAACCUGACAGAGCCAGUGGCCGUUUCGCUGCGGCACUGGGCUGAGGGGGCUGAACCCAUGGCCGCUUGGUGGAGCCAGGAGGGGCCUGGCGGCCCUGGGGGCUGGAGCUCUGAGGGCUGCCAGCUCCGCUCCAGCCAGCCCCACGUCAGCUCCCUGCACUGCCAGCACUUGGGCAAUGUGGCUGUGCUCAUGGAACUGAGUGCCUUCCCCAGGGAGGCGGGGGGCUCGGAGGCGGGGCUGCACCCUGUCGUGUACCCCUGCACGGCCCUGCUGCUGCUCUGCCUCUUCUCCACCAUCAUCACCUACAUCCUCAACCACAGCUCCAUCCAUGUGUCCCGGAAGGGCUGGCACAUGCUGCUGAACCUGUGCUUCCACAUGGCCAUGACCUCUGCCGUCUUUGCGGGGGGCAUCACACUCACCAAUUACCGGACGGUCUGCCAGGCGGUGGGCAUCACUCUUCACUACUCCUCGUUGUCCACGCUGCUCUGGAUGGGUGUGAAGGCCCGAGUCCUCCACAAGGAGCUCACCUGGAGGGCACCCCCUCCACAAGAAGGAGACCCUGCCCCGCCUGCUCCCCGUCCCAUGCUCCGGUUCUAUUUGAUCGCUGGAGGGAUCCCACUCAUUAUAUGUGGCAUCACGGCUGCUGUCAACAUCCACAACUACCGGGACCACAGCCCCUACUGCUGGCUGGUGUGGCGCCCAAGCCUAGGAGCCUUCUACAUCCCGGUGGCUUUGAUUCUGCUCGUCACCUGGAUCUAUUUCCUGUGCGCAGGGCUGCGCUUACGGGGUCCCCUGGCGCAGGGCCCAAAGGGGGGCAACAGCAGGGCCUCGCUGGAGCCUGGGGAGGAGCUGAGGGGUCCCGCCAGGCUCCGGAGCAGCGGCCCCCUCCUGAGUGACUCAGGUUCCCUUCUGGCAGCUGGGAGCACAGGGGUGGUGACCCCGGGGCCCCCGGAGGAUAGUGACGGCCUCUACUCUCCGGGAGUGCAGCUGGGGGCGCUGGUGACCACGCAUUUCCUGUACCUGGCCCUGUGGGCCUGCGGGGCCCUGGCCGUGUCCCAGCGCUGGCUGCCCCGGGUGGUGUGCAGCUGUCUGUACGGGGCGGCGGCCUCCGCCCUGGGCCUCUUCGUCUUCACCCACCACUGUGCCAGGCGCAGGGACGUGAGGGCCGCCUGGCGCGCCUGCUGCCCGCCCGCCUCGCCCGCGGCCCCGCACGCCCCACCGCGGGCCCUGCCCGCCGCCCCCGAGGACGGCUCCCCGGUGUUCGCGGAGGGGCCCCCCUCCCUCAAGUCCUCCCCGAGCGGCAGCAGCGGCCCCGCGCCGCCCCCCGGCCCCUGCAAGCUCACCAACCUGCAGCUGGCGCAGAGCCAGGCGUGCGAGGCGGGGGCGGCCCGCGGGGACGGGGAGCCGGAGGCCGCGGGCCCCCGGGGGAGCCUGGCUGCCCGCCACUCCAACAACCUGCACCAGGGGCGCCGGGCGCACAAGAGCCGGGCCAAGGGGCACCGCGCGGGGGAACCCGGCGCCAGGAACCGGCUGAAGGCCCUGCGCGGGGGCGCGGCGGCGGGGGCGCCCGAGCUGCUGUCCAGCGAGAGCGGCAGCCUGCGCAACAGCCCGACCGACAGCUGCGCGGGCAGCAGCCGCCACAGCCCGGGCGCCGGCGCCCCGCCCGAGGGCGAGCCCGCGCUCACGCCGUCCGAGGGCAGCGACACCAGCGCCGCGCCGGCCCCCGAGGCGGGCCGCACCGGCCAGCACCGCAGCGCCAGCCGCGACAACCUCCGCGGCGGGGCCGGCGCGCUGGAGAAGGAGAGCAAGCGCCGCUCGUACCCGCUCAACGCCGCCAGCCUCAACGGCGCGCCCAAGGGCGGCAGGUACGACGACGUCACCGCGAGCGGCGCGGAGGCGGCGGGCGGCGGCUGCAUGAAGACCGGCCUCUGGAAGAGCGAGACCACAGUCUAGGGCCGGGCGGGCGACGCGUUAGGACAGGCUGGCCGCGCGGCCCGUUACCCCCAGCCCCUCGGGGCCCUCGAAGACGUCGCUCGGUACGCCAACAGGUGUGCGGUGGAGGCGCCCAUGGCUGCACCUGGGCUGGCUAGCACUACCCCGGAGGCCAGGGCAGGGAGAUAGGCGCAGGGUCGCCAUCUGCCUAGAGGGCCACGCUCUGGGCAGCGACAGACAAUCCCAGAAACAGACAAGAUACGGUUCCGUCCGGCCCCGGCCAGUUUGACAGCCCAGUUAUCGGUGCCCUUCCAGGCAGGGGGGAGUCAUCUGUGGGGUGACCCACGACCAGUGAAAGGGCGCGGCACGGCCCAGGUGGGCCCUCCCCACGUACUCCCACCGGGGCCACGCUGCCUUGCUGGCGGACGUCAGCAGAGCCAGGGAAGCACAGCGGGAGCGUGGGAACCGCGCGCUGUCCUCUGCUGAAGUCAGCCCGGUCGUGCCCAGACCCUAAGUCCUCUCUCCUCCCUGGCUUGGCUGACGUGAGCGCAGCCUAGCAAUCGAGCCAGGUGACUAGGACAAUGGGAGGCAACAGGUGCUACUUUUCUGACCAACUAUGCAACAGGGGAAGGUGGGGCAGCUUUGCCAUCAACUAGUUCUGGGUGGGGGUAGGGCAUACAACUGGGGAUAAUGCCACCAUUCCCACAGGAGUGGCACUCACACCAUGCAGCAGGGCUCAGAGGUGGCACAUCAGGACCAAGUCUAGGCCCUAUACCGAAGAAGCAGACUCUGCCAGGUGUCUGAGGGUGAUCUGAGGGAAGCAGGAGGAGCUGAUACUCGGAGGAGGGCAGAAUCUAGUCAUGCCCUAAACCUAGUCCUACAAGGGACCUCUGAAGAGCUCCACCGUAAGGCUGCAGGUGGUGUUUGGAGAAGCACUUAGUGUUUGGUUACAAGAUCCAUCUCCUGGACCUCAGCCUCCCGUCACUAGGGACUAAGGAAUUAGCAAUUCCUUGCCUCCGUGAGGCCAUAUGCAAGAACCAUCCCGAUAUUGUGAUCUCUAUAGAGCUCCACAGUAGGGAGGAAGUUCCACAAUGUCAAACAAGCUUCCUGACUCACAGAAGCCCAGCCAAGCCCCGAGGCAGUGGCUAGGGUCCCUGCAGGUCACCAGAGGCCUGUGCUCUCACUACUAUUAAACACCAGCACCCAUAUUUCCCCCAACCUAAAAAACCACCACCAGCCUUUUACUACAGGACCGCAUGGAAGUGGAGGGAACCCCAGGUCUGGCCCGGGUCCCCUCCCAGUCUUCAUGUCACCCUGGCCUGCUCACCAAGGUGAAAGAAGACACAGGGGAGGGAGAAAACCCAUACUUCUUGGGACGAGUCCUGUUAUUUAUGCUUGCUGCACAGACAAUAUUAGAAGAAAACAAAAAAAAAAAGCUUUGUAUUAUUCUUCCACAUACGCUGGCUGCUGUUUACAUACCCUGCCGAUGCCUUAGCACUGGAGAGCUUUUUGCAAUACGCUGGGGAACGGGGAGGGAGGGAAUGAAAAGUGCCAAAGAAAACAUGUUUUUAAGAGCUUGGGUUUUAUACAAUAGAAUGUUUUCUAGCAGAUGCCUCUUGUUUUAAUAUAUUAAAAUUUUGCAAAGCCCU